CGGGGUAUGGAGGACUUUGCAGGAUGGCGCAGCCGCCAUGGCUUGUCGUCGUGGCAGCGUCGGUGUUGGCACACGGAAGCGCGGGAAGCGGUGAUCCCGAUGCAAUGUUCCAGUAUCGGACGUACGAGGAGAUGGUGCAAACGAUGAUGGCGUUGAACGCGAGCCACCCGGACGUCGUGGACCUCUUCGUCGCGCAAGACAAGUACGGCCUUCCGUAUCCCACAGACCUCCAAUGCGGCGAGGAGCAUGGUGUCGCUGUUCCGUGCAAGCAGUAUGUACUUCGUAUCACGAAUGAAUCGACAUGGGAUGGAGAUCGUCCCGAGGUAUUCUUCAGUGGCGCACUGCAUGGCAACGAACGCGUCGGUCCACAAGCCACGAUGGAACUCGCGCUUCUUCUCGUCGACUACGCGACCUCGUUCGCCGCUGGAUCGACGUCGUCGGACAGCACCAACGUCCGUCGCUCAAAAGCGUGGCUGCAUCGGCUGGUGAAUUCCCGAUCGAUCUACAUGAUGCCCAUGACAAAUUCUCACGGGUACUACCACAAUAAACGCGAAGAAAAUGGCGUCGACCCGAACCGCGACUACAACUACAAGACGAACGGCAACUGCAUGCAAGCCAUGACGAGCCGAGCCGUCAACGAGCUGUGGCGCGAUCACAUGUUCCAGCUCGCCGUCACGUUUCACGGCGGCAUGCGCUGCGUUACCUAUGAAUGGGGCGCCCCCAACCACAUGGACGCGGAUUCGGCGCGCAGUGAACGGAGCCCAGACGACACGAGCCAAGCGGCGCUCGCGUCGGCGCUCUCGACCUUUGCGGGCAAGUUCCCCGACGGCACGUACUACCCCACCGGCACGAUGAACGAUGUCGUGUACGGCGUGUACGGCGGCAUGGAGGACUGGGCGUAUGCUGCGUCAUGGGAAAACGAGUUUGCAUCUCGUCGAGACAGCGCGAUCUUCGCCCCGUGCGCGCCGACGCAGUACGGCGAGUACCCCCCCGAGAAGACGUCGUACAACAACAUGACCCAUCGCGCAUUCAACCUCCUGGUCGAGACAUCCGACAGCAAACACCCCGUGCAGAGUGCGCUCGGUCUUCGGUCUUCCAUAUACGAUGUCGACCUCGAGGCGGUGCCAACUGCACCUGUUGGCCACGUCGUGCAAAACGUGCGGCUGGGAUUGCUCGUCAUCGACAUGGUCCAACCCUACAUCGUGUGGCAGCCACCCGUGCCGAAACAUACAUCGCAUAAGCGCCAAUUGACUAGCACCGUCGCAGGAUGUCCUUUGUCCGAUCUCCAUGUCGUCGAUUGCGAUGCCAGUGGACCGAUGUCGACGUGUGCAAUGGCCAUCACGACAACUCACGUUCGAGUGCGGUGGGACGUGCUCGGUAGCUUCACCGUCGACGAGACAUUUGUCCAAGUGUCGACCGAUGCCGCGUUCGACACUGGGCAAGGUGCGUCGCCCGUGCUGAGCGGGGUCACGCGUCGACAACGUUACGUGGACAAGGUCGUCGAGGACAGCCAAAGCAUCUCGACGGCGUUUGCAGCGUGUGUGCCGGUGUCGUCAGCAUCGUCCACCAUGUUCUUGCGGGCCCAGGCGAAAGUGGAUCAGGUCGCGGUUGGGAUACACUGGGACGCAUGGCGGGUGUGAUGAUGUCGAGUAGGGAUGGGCGUUCCAAAAGGCGGCAGUGUCGCCACACGUGCCCCCGCAGAGCCACGUCGUCAAUGCCCGCACCAACCCCCAGUACAAUCGUUCCCCGUGACUCUGGUCAGCAUGCGCUCGUGUAACAUUAGGUACAAGAUGGAAUGGAAUGGGCGGCGAAUUCAAGGAGCCGACUACUUUUAUUCGCCGGUAUCGUCGGUUGUCGCGGUCGACAGGACGCACUCGUAUGGCCCAUCGAUUCCGGACGUAGGUGAUUACGCUGACGACCAGCGCCGCCCCGCCGCCCUCUCCCGACACGUCAAGUCGCCAUGGAGGAACCGAUGGCUUUCGAUUGCCCGUGUCGGGAGUGGUGCUCGUUGCAGUGGCGUCGCUCUUGACGGUCGGUGCGCUUGGCCUUUGGCUCGUGUUACGCCGUCGACGUGCCAAGUACAAGCGAACCCCAACGACCGAUCCAGCCGAAGCAGGUGCACCACCCGAUGGUCCACCGGUAGGCGUAGCGCAUCCAGACAUCCAGACGAUGAAGGAGGAGGAUGGCGAUCCAUUGUAGCUAGGCAAGUUUCUACAGUCGAACACUCCGUGUGUCAUCAAUGUGUGUUUGGCACGAUGGGAUGUUGUUGAAAGUCGUCGCCCGGCCACGACUCGUUUCUUCGGUGGCAGGCUCUGCCGUCCGCCAUAUCCACUUAUUUACCAUU